CAAAUCAAUGAUUUCAAACCAUGGCUCUGUUUCAGGAUAUGAUGUCACUUUCCUCGACUCGUUCGUCCUUCCACUCUCUCCCCAGGAGACUCUCUCCUGAGCCGCCUCAUCAGAGAAUCGCCGUGAGAAAGUCCCGUUCUAUUUGCAGAGCUUCGUGGCAAGAGCUCGCCGGUGUGUUGGUUUUCUCCGCGAUUCCUUUCACGGCGGUUAAAGCAAUCGCCAACAGCUCGUUAGGAGAAUCUCUGCGGCGGAGAUUAGAAGAAAAAAAGAAAGAAGCCGUGGAGAACACUUCAAGAUUCAACGCCAAAGCUCAGAAGGCUAGAGCCGACAGCAAGUGGUAUGGACAAGAACGUCCCCGUUGGUUUGGUCCCAUCCCAUAUGAUUAUCCUCCUUACCUCACUGGAGAUCUCCCUGGGGAUUACGGAUUCGACAUUGCAGGUCUUGGCAAGGAUCGUUUGAACUUUGAUAAGUACUUCAACUUUGAAAUACUUCAUGCUCGUUGGGCCAUGCUUGCAGCGUUGGGUGCUCUAAUCCCAGAAGUGUUUGAUCUCACUGGAGCUUUUCAUUUUGCUGAACCUGUAUGGUGGCGAGUCGGUUAUUCUAAGCUUCAGGGAGAGACAUUGGACUACCUUGGGAUCCCAGGGCUUCACGUAGCUGGAAGCCAAGGUGUCAUUGUUAUAGCCAUUUGCCAAGCACUCUUGAUGGUAGGACCUGAAUACGCAAGAUACUGCGGGAUUGAGGCCUUAGAGCCACUGGGAAUAUACUUGCCAGGAGACAUAAACUAUCCAGGAGGAACGCUUUUUGAUCCAUUGAACCUCUCUCAAGACCCGGUAGCUUUUGAAGAUCUUAAGGUCAAAGAGAUCAAAAACGGGAGACUAGCUAUGGUGGCAUGGCUUGGAUUCUAUGCACAAGCUGCUUUCACAGGCAAAGGACCUGUACAAAAUCUCGUUGACCAUGUCUCCGAUCCAUCACAUAACAAUCUUCUUGCCACGCUUCAUAUAUGAAAACAGAGACUAUGUACAUAUAUACAUGUCAAAAAGACAAUGCAAUGAAUAUGUUAUGAGUGACAAAGAUUGUUGUACUCUUGUUCUGUGUUUUUUUUUUUUUUUGAGAAAACUCUUGUUCUGUGUUUGUGUAUUUGUUUAUGUAUUAUAUUUGAGAAAAAUUUAAAUGA